GGUGAUAGCGGUGGUGGUCUGAUGGUGCAACUUCAUAACGGACGUUGGUUACUUCUCGGUGUAGCAUCAUACGGUAGCUCCUGUGAUAAAUUAUUGAAAAAGAUAGCGCAACCUUUAGCUCAAGUUUACACGAAUGUUAAAAUGUAUGGGGGAGAGAUUGAUAAAUUCACCGA